AUCCUUCUAUAGUGAACAAACACAAACAUGCAGAUUCCUUCCUUCUUCCCAAUGCACUUUUUAUGUCCAUUUUAACCCUUCGCCACGUUACGCCUCCAUACCUGAAUACUAGUAACUUCUUAUCUCCUUCCAACCUAUGGCAAAUUCGAUAAUACUCUAAAAAUCGAGUCCAAAUCGAACAAAUAUCCAACAACCCUUAUAAAAAACCCUAACAACCACAUUUUCAUCUUCAACUUCGUAACUCACUUCAAAACUCUCACUUCAAUCUCACACUCCCAUCCAAAAAUGGCAUCAUCUCGCUACGAACUCGAUCUGAAUCUCAAAUCAGCAAAAUCACUCAAGAAUGUCAACUGGCGUCACGGCCCAAAUAAACCAUACGCCGUCGUUUGGGUUGAUCAAGCCAACAAAUUCACUACCAAUGUAGACGAAAAUGGCGACACGGAAGCUGAAUGGAAUCAACCACUGAUCCUUCCUUUACCACCAAAACCAUUAGAGGAUCUCACUCUCUACAUCGAUAUCGUUCAUGCUGGAUUUGAAGAAGAUACAAAGAAACUCAUCGGCUCGGCUCGGCUUAAGCUCGUUGAUGUUCUCGAGGUUGGAAUCGGCGAGCGUGUGAGUCGCACGCUCACGUUGAAACGACCUUCUGGAAGGCCACAAGGAAAGGUUGAAGUCAAGGUGGGGAUCAGAGAGAAUGCUUAUCAUGCGCAUGGUGCGUAUUAUCCUCCUCCUUAUGGUGUUCCACCUCCAGAAUCAAAUUCGCGGGAUUAUUCCUCUGCUUCGCAGGUGUAUGGUUACGCAUACGGUGCUCCUGCGCCGCCUCAGCAACAUGGAUCUUAUUAUUCUCCAACGGCACCAUCGGGGUACCCUCAAACGGCGUCGUAUGGUUCGCAAACGGCGUCGUAUGGACAAGGGGGUAAUUAUGUGUCGCAAACGACGGCGUAUGGUCAAGAGGGUAAUAAUUAUGGGCAAACGGCGUCGUAUGUGCGAGUGGAGGAAAAGAAGAAGAGUAAGUUUGGUGGAAUGGGGACGGGAUUGGCUGUGGGUGCGGUUGCUGGGGUACUUGGUGGAGUCGCAUUGGUGGAAGGUGCUGAGUAUAUUGAAGAUAAGAUUGCGGAUGACGUGGCGGAGAGGGUUGAGGAUGAUCUUGGUUAUGGUGAUGAUGAUUUUUAGAGAGUGAUGUUAAUAUGUCAUGUUCUUAGUUUUCAAUGCUUUGUUGUGUCAAGUGUUACGUUUGGUUAUGUUUAAUUACUUGGUCCUUGUAUUGGUAGGGUGGUGUCAUUAAAGUUUGUUAGCAUUUCUAUCAUUAAAUAUUAAAUGAGUGUCUUUUAAGGUUUUUGUACACGGAUUAAGAAAUGUAAUAAUGUUGUCAUAAUAUAUUUCAUUUUUAUUAAA